UGUGCAUUUCCAGGCUUGAGUUUUGGAAUCGAUGCACUUGCUGCGUUAGAAGGUACCCUACUUUUUGACGAGUUAAUGCAAGCUAGGCAGCAUUUGCACCAGCAGUAUGAUGAGUUAUGUCCAGUGCUAUGCACAAAGUUUCCUGAGAUAUUCAAACAAGACAUAUUCACGUGGGACAAUUUUCUGUGGGCAUGUGAAUUGUGGUAUUCAAACAGUAUGAUGAUUGUUUUAAGUAGCGGGAAAUUGACAACUUGCUUGAUUCCUGUUGCUGGUCUUAUGAACCACUCGGUGACUCCACAUAUUCUUAACUAUGGCCGAGUAGAUCAAGCCACUAAGUCCUUGAAGUUUCCUUUGUCAAGGCCUUGUGAAGCAGGAUCUCAAUGUUUUCUCAGUUAUGGCAAACAUUCAGGGUCACAUCUAAUUACCUUCUACGGUUUCCUACCAAGAGAAGACAACCCUUAUGAUGUUAUACCUUUAGAUCUUGAUACAUCUAUCGAUGAGGAGGAUGGCACAGACCAGUCUGUGAGUACAAGUCUAACCACUCAUAUGGUUCGUGGGACAUGGUUGUCCAGAUCAGAAGGACCUCCCACGUAUGGCCUGCCUCAGCCCUUGUUGUCGCAUCUUCGUGCUGCUCUGAAUUGCGAUCACGAUGAGUCUCUUCCCGAGGCUGAUAUCAAGGAAAAUGACAGGAUGGUGCUGGGAACACUCAUUUCCAUAUUUACUCCCAUGCUUGAAGGAUUAGGCAAGGCAGAUGACUACAACCGGGGGAGUGUCAGUUGGGAUGUUGCGCUAGCACUGAGCUACAAAGAUCUAAACCGGAGGGUAAUUUCGUCCAUUGUUACCUCUUGUACCUCAGGCUUGGCAAUGCUUGAUUCCUAGCUGGAAGUGCUUCAUUAGUUAAUUUAAUUUAAUAAUAAUCUGAGGACACGCUGGGGCUGUGGGAGUACGUCGGGUGAAGCUGUUGUUGCACAUGGGUUAGUUGCAACAACUGGCUGCCAUUUGCUCUGAUGGAUUAGGAUCCAAGGCCGGGCAUGCAGAGACAUGCCUUCCUGACUGAAGAUGCUCCAACCAUCAGGUAUUUUGAUCCGGCAACUGCGCGAAAUCCAGGCAUCGGUUUGCGCCUCUUGUGGCUUGAGGUUUAAGUUAGUGGCUCCUGAUUGUUGAUGCAGACUUGCUUUUGGUGGAAGAAAGCUGAUUUAUUGUGAUGGAGUGAUGUCGCCGGCCGAUAAGGCUUGACUUUUUCGAGUUGUUUAUCAGCAGACCAUAUUGCUGACCUGGAUUUGCGUUAUGCUAAAUUGGUUUCUACCCUGUGGUCCA